AUGUCGGCUGCAGCAACAACCAAGCCACCAGGCACGCCGCGUCGCGAGGCCAAUCCCAGGACCUCGUCCUCCCCUGCAGCUGCGAACCGUACGCCAGCCCGCUCCUCCACGCCGACUACGAAUGGCGCCGGCGGGGUUUCGAGGACACGAUCUGUUCGUGGCGGGGCCACUGGCACUCCCGUUUCAGCGCGCGCCGCCGUUAAGAAGCCCGCAGCAUCUUCAAAUCUAAGUAACACGUCGCAACCCGAUGCUGCCGAUGACGACGCCAGGGAGGAGCAAGCUGCGCUGCUGCAGGACCUCAAGGAUCGGCUACAGAAGGCAGAGAGCGAGGCCGUGGAGCGACAGAAGCAGGUCGAGAUCCUCAAUGCUCGCCUCGACGAUGCUCUCACCGAGCAGGCCAAGCUUGAAGAACGUGCUCAUGAGGAAGAAGAGAAGGUUGAGUCAUUAGAGAACGUGAAGAAGGAGUUGACUCGUCAACAUCGCGAGCUCGAGGGCAUCUAUGAAGCAGAGCGUGCGCAGGUCAUGAAGGAGAAGGAGGAGACGAUGUCAAGGGAAGAGGAAAUGCAGAGCACUAUCCAGCGCCUCAAGGAGACCAUGGCAAGCAAGAACAUGCCGACUGGCGAGUUUGAAGAGGAACAGCACUUGUCACGAGCCUCAAGCUUUCGCAACAACCCAUCCCGUACCAACUCCUCGCAGAACCUCGAGAACGUCGCAUCCUUCGCACCGCCCAACUCAGUCCAGCGCAGCAACUCGCGAAACAACUCGAAGCUCAUUCACCAGAAGGACAAGAUCAUUGAAGACCUGCGCCUCGAACUCGCCGAAUACCAAGUCAAGGUGAUGGAGGUAGAGAAUGCUGGCGGCGGGCGCAUGCGCGAACUGGAGAAGCAAUUGGUCGAGACACGCAUGACCAAUGCCAGGCUCAUGGAAGACAACGAGAGCUUCCAGCUUCUGCUGGGAGAGAAGACUCUCAAUGGAGAUUUGAGUCGCGGCGAUUUCCUACGCGAGACAUCCAACGCUGAUGACCGAGCACCAUCCCGGAGCGGUCCUUCAACCAGCUUGGCUGAUGAGCUUCAGUCGGCCGAGGAAGGCGAUGCUGAAGUCGUUCGCAAGCUUGAAGCUGAAGUCAGCAGCAUGAAGGCGCAGAACCAGGCCCUCACCCUCUACAUCAACAAGAUCAUCGGUCGCUUGCUCACACACCAGGGCUUCGAGUCAGUCCUGGGCAAUGACGCUGACAACGAUCACGGCUCUGGAGGUCCUGACAAGAACAAAGAGCUGCCACCGCCUCCUCCCCAAGAGAGUGAUCAGCCACAAGGAUUCCUCCAGCGCGCUAAAUCCGUCGCCAUGGGCGGAAAUCGCAAGCCACGACCUCUCAGUAUGAUGGGCCCACCACCAGUCACCAACCAGCAGAGCGCUCACGAAGAUCCUGCUACUGCUCCCAGCAUCCCGCUCACGCGCUCCACAUCUGGUCGCCACCCCAGCGGCAGCUACCACCACCAUCGCCGCUCCACUUCUGAAGUACAGGGCGCCGCAAGCGUAGUCAACAACAUGUACCGCGGUUCUCCCGCAGGUACACCCAACCCGGUGUCGCCAGGCGUCGUUUCGCCUCGCAACUCCUUCUUUGGUCUUCCUGUUAGCACUGGUCCUGGGUCUAGCAAUCCCGUUUCAAGAGUACCUUCUGGUCAAGGUCCCGCCAUCCCGGAAGACAAAGAAGUCGACACAAUGACAGUGUCAUCUUCUGCGAGCCACGUCGAUACACCCAGCCCACCCCGCCCGCUGCAACGCAGCGAGACUGGCACUGGUGUCAUGACCGGCAAAGGCAUGCGACCACUACGCUUAGUCCAAAACGAAGAAGAAGCCUCCAAGGCACGCAAGGCAGCCAACCGAGCGAGCUGGUUCGGUGGUCUCUUCGGCCAGAACCCACCACAGCAGCAGAACCAGGAGAACACGCAGUAG